CAGGAAGCCAGAAGGCGGGCCCAGCUUGAAUCACUUCCUCGUCGGUCAAGCUCACCCCACCGCCGGAGAAAUGCCGCCGCGGAGGCGAGAUCGCCGGAGACCCCGCGACCCGUCGCCGCCGCCGCCCUCCGAUGCAAGGGCACCACCACCCUCCGCCUCAGGCAUCCGUAUCACCCUCCUUGCCCCUGCCGUCGUUCUGGUUCUCGUGCUCACCGUGCUUGGCUUCUCCGGCCGCCUCUCUCGGUCCCCUCCCCACCCCCAGACGCUGCAGACCACCGCCCGCUCCGUCUACGAGCGCGGCCUCGUCAAGCGCGACAUCUCCUCACGCGAGAUCCUCGCUGAGCACACAAGGGUUUCCGAGAAGCGGUCGCAGCGCCAGUUCCCGAACCCUGUCCUCGCCUACGUGACACCCUGGAACUCCAAAGGUUAUGACAUGGCAAAAUUGUUCAGUGCAAAGCUUACUCACAUAUCACCAGUGUGGUAUGAUUUGAAGAGUGAUAGGAACAUGUUAGUUCUAGAAGGAGAGCAUAAUUUUGAUGCCACAUGGGUCUCUGAACUUCAAGGCAAUGGGUCCCUGGUAGUACCAAGAGUUGUCUUAGAAGCAUUUCCUGCUGUUAUACUAUUGGAAAAGAUGCAAAAAGCAAAAGCUAUUGAUCUAAUAGUGAGUGAAUGCAGGGAUAAGGGCUAUGACGGUAUUGUGCUAGAAUCCUGGUCAAGAUGGGCUGUUUAUGGUGUGCUGGAUGAUCCAGAGCUACGUUACAUGGCACUUCAAUUUGUUAAGCAGCUGGGGGAGGCUUUGCAUUCAAUCAGCUCUAAAUCAAGUAACCGCCAUUUGGAACUAAUUUAUGUUAUCCCAGCUCCAAGAAUGAAAGAGCUCAGUAAUCAGGACUUUGGACCAGAAGAUCUCCUGCAAUUGGCUGACUCAUUAGAUGGUUUUUCUCUUAUGACAUAUGACUUCUCAGGGCCUCAAAAUCCUGGUCCCAGUGCACCUCUCAAGUGGGUACAGCAUUCUUUAACAACACUCCUUUCAGCCAAAGGUUCUUCGCCUUCUGGUAACCAUUCUCGGAUGAUAUUCCUUGGCAUCAAUUUUUACGGGAAUGAUUUUCUACUGUCUAGAGGCAGCGGUGGUGGUGCUAUCACUGGGAGAGAUUUUGUUCAUUUGCUCGAGAAGUACAAGCCAUCUUUGCAGUGGGAUGAGAAAAGUUUAGAGCACUUUUUCAUCUAUUCGCAUGAAGGUGUGAGGCAUGCUGUAUUUUUCCCAACACUGAUGUCUCUUUCUGUACGUUUGGAUGAAGCGCGAAAUUGGGGAACAGGUCUUUCAAUUUGGGAGAUUGGACAAGGUUUGGACUUCUUUUUUGAUGUUCUAUAGGAAUGCCUCAACAUGCCUUUGUUAUUUUUGGAGGUGUGUCAGUUAAACUACUGCUGUGAAGUAUUUGAGAACCUCAUCCGUAUGGCCUUUUGGUAUUAAAUGCACUUUGGGCGUUCUUUUCAGCAUUGAUAUUAUCAUCUGAUAAUAGUUCACAUCCUCCAUGAGAAAUUGCUGUGUUGAAGUAUUCUCCUCCUUGAGUACACACAAAUGAAGUUAAGAGCCAGCUGUACUCAUCUCUUUAUCUGUAGCAUAUUAUACUGUACACAUAAUGCGCAUUUUCUGGUGUUUUUUAAUA